UUGUUGGCGCCAGCGCCAACUGCAAACAGGUUUCAUUUGGGCUCGGAACCGAGGAGGACAGAGAAACCACAGCCAUGCCUAGACGAAGCGGUCGCCUGCAGAAAAGAUGUGAAAAUUCUCCAGGGCAAAAAGGCAAAGUAACUAAGCAAAACAACCGAAAAAAGAUUCAGCCCCUGUCAAAGCUGCAGUGCGAGAAGAACCAGCUGGUACUCGAAGCUGCCGCUAAGCCCCGUGUGCCCAUCGGGACCCCUGAGAAGGGGGUCGGCUGUGGUGCCGAGGUCACAUCCUCAGACUCCCUGGUUCAGUCACCUCUGCCUCAUCUCGGAUGGGGAUCUCCUGAAGAUGUGUGGGUGAAGAUGGUCGGCAGGGAGAAGAAUUACAGACACAGCAAGAGCUUCAUGCAGAAACACCCGAAAAUACAACCCAAAAUGAGAUCAAUCCUCCUCGACUGGUUGAUAGAGGUGAGCGAGGCGUACACUCUUCACCGGCAGACGUUCUACCUGGCUCAGGACUACUUCGACCGCUUCAUGUUUACCCAAAAUAACAUAGAAAAGAGCAUGCUGCAGCUCAUUGGCAUAACCUGCCUGUUCAUAGCUGCAAAGAUGGAGGAAGCCUGUCCUCCAAAGCUCUCUCAGAUGGCAUAUGUGACUGCAGGAACCUACUACGAAGACGAGAUCCUUCAAAUGGAGUUAAUCAUUUUGAAGGCUUUGCACUGGAACCUUUGUCCAGAAACAGCCGUGUCUUGGCUGAAGCUUUAUUUCCAGAUGGUGUCGAUGCACACGGACUCCGACCUGCUGGAUCCGCAGUUUCCACAAGAGGCUUACGUGCAAAUGACGCGGCUUUUAGACUUGUGUAUCCUCGACAUAAACUCUCUGGACUUUGAGUAUCGAGUGUUGGCCGCCUCGGUCCUGAGCCAUUUCAUUCAACACGAAACCGCUGCUAAAGUUUCAGGUCUGUCGGAAGACGCCAUCCAGCCGUGUGUUAACUGGAUGGCGCCCUUUGUGGAGUCGGUCGGCUGCUCUGGCAGAGCGACACUCAAAGAUUUUUCCAGCAUAAAGAAAGAAGACAGACACAAUGUCCAGACCCACACAGACUACAUGGCCAUGCUGGAGUACGCCAGUCUAAAGGAAGCAAGCAGCCAGAUCCCGACUCCACCCAACAGCACGGAGAAAAUGUGCACACACUGAACUACAAGAGGAAGCGUGUGAGCGAAGAGGACGCAGCGUUAAUGUGCCACUAAGAUGAGUUUACUGGUGACGGCUCCAAACCAGUGGGGAGAAAAAGAGACUGUGAACUGAACAGAGUCUCUGUGGGAGUUUAUUUUUCCUCGUUUCUCCUGCAGAUGUGAACUUUUUCACUGAAUGCAUUAUCCAGGGUGAUGUGCCUGUUCUUGUUUUUUUUUAAAGACUCUUAAAUCUGGGCCAAAGUUUUUUGAUUUUAGCCAGCUUUAGCAACUGGGUGCUUUAAUCCAGAAAAGAGAAAUGUUGUAAAAAGAAGUGUCAGGUGUCAUUUCUAGGAAAUGAUGCUCUGUUACUGAAAGUGAUGUGCAAUUGUUUACGUUUGUAGCAUAUUAAAUAUGUUCACAGUCAGAUGAAAUAUGUGAAACACCGCUUCAGGGUCAGUUGAAAUCAUUUUUUUAAAUAGAUGAAAAUCAGCUGAGUUUACAGCAGCUGCUUCACACGUCAGCUUCUGUAAAUUCAAUGUAAACAGUAACUUGGAAACGCUGAUGAACAGGACGAGCGUGCACUUUUUUAAGCAUCAGAAAGCACUGACUGACUAACGGGCACGCUCUUCAGCUCAUGAGCUUUCUCACUUAUCUUUAUCAUACUGUUGUAACAAGCCAUUGUUUUUAACUCAGGGCUGUUGAUCGUCAAUGAUUCACUUUUUUACUUUUUUAAAUGCAUUUCAAAUGAUUACAAAUGUACAAAUGAGCAACUGUAUUUAUUAAGAGGUUUAUUUUCUACCACAAAAUAAAAUAUACAUUCCCACCUC